UCAGAAUAAUGCUAGUAAGAACUAACCAUGAGGAUCUGUACAAUGAUAUUGUGUCUUAUGAUCAUGUUAUUCCCAGCUGUCCUGGCUGAUCAAAUUCCCGAGGGUUGUGUAAAGCUUAAAAAUCACCAGAUGGCCUUAUAUCUGGUCAAGUCCGACCUGAAGCACGAUGCCGAUCGACGCCAUGUGACGUCCCGCACAAAAAAUCCGGAACGGUGGACCAUCUACAAGGACGAAAAGUAUCCCAACCAUUACAAACUCAAGCACGAAGAGCUCGGGGAAGAUUUGUUCGAGUCCGUCCAAAGCUACAACGGGAACUACAUCUUCACCUGGAUUCCGAAAAGGUUGAUCAACGACGGUGGUGCUUCGUGGCACAUCUACCAGAGCAGUCCGGGGUACUUUAUGUUGAAGAAUAAAAAGUUCAACCACUGUUUGAAGUGCCUAAAUGUGGAUAAUAUGAUGGCUGCUGAUGCGGGUUGUAAUACCUGGCGGCAUGAGUGGGCGAUUGAAAAGUGCUGAAUUUUGAUUGAAAAUUGUACUAUUUUAUAAAAUUGCGUGAAAUAUUUACAGACGGUCUAUGAGUGCAUACAUUACCAAUAAAUAAAAAUCGGUCAAUCUCAGAUAUUACGCAUCAAAAGUUUCGAGAACAGUGGAAAAUUUCAAAACUUGGAUCCAGCUACAGAGUUAGGUACGCAAAGCUGAACGAAGAGCUGUACGAGUCCGAGCAGAGCUGGAAAGGUAACUACUUGAUCACGUG